CGAGUACAGAGUAUUUUCUGCAAUUGAUAUCAUCCUUCCCUUCGUAUUAUACAUGCAGUUCCACAUUUCAUCACAGAAUGAUAGCGUCGUUGGCACAACCGCACACCUGAAAUAGCGAUCGAUAACCUUGCAAUUUUGACGAAAAUCCGACACCUCACGUUCCCCCCCGCAGACCCCUCCAGCGGCACAAUGGAACGACUCUCGAUUAAUGACAAUCACGUUGGACCCCAGCAUGGAAAUGCGCUGCAGGGCUCUAGCAAUAAUCCUCAGGGUGUCAUGGGUCCGCCUCUAGGGCCCUCGAUGCCUCCUCAGGGACCCCCGCAAUUACCGCCCCAGAUGUUUACUACUGCUGCGCAGUUGUUGGAUUUAACAGAUAAGAAACUAGUUCUCGUACUCCGCGAUGGAAGGAAAUUGAUUGGGGUUUUGAGAAGCUGGGAUCAGUUCGCGAACCUUGUUCUUCAAGAUACGAUUGAAAGGCUAUACGCCGGAAACCUUUACGCCGAUAUUCCUAGGGGUAUCUUCGUGGUUCGGGGAGAGAACGUUCUGUUACUUGGAGAAAUUGAUCUUGACAAAGAAGACGAUAUUCCCCCAUCGAUACAAAAGGCGCCGUUCCAGGAAGUCUUCGAGCUGAAGAAGAAAGAGGACAGCGAGCGGAAACGCAACGAUAAGAAGACGCACAGUAAGCUUCACGAACUCGGGUUCGAGGCUGAGCAUAGCGGCCAGAUUCUAUUCUAAGCUUUAUUCGGGGGUCGACUCUUACCAAUGCAAUGAAGAAUCUUUUCUGUGUUGUCUGUACGACUCGAGUAUAUUUUCUGCCACCCGUUCCCUGCAGGGAAGGGCAGUGGCCGGGACAUCUCGAACAUCAUUGAUUGAGUCGAGCUUAUGGAGUAUCUCUCUAUUUAGCCGUCACAUGGGCGAUGUCGUAUGAUUAUUGCCCUUGGGGUUUGCUAAGAGUUUCAAGAUGCAGACAAUGAAAGACCAUAUGGGUCGUAGCCUUCUGGGGCCAUGAGCUACUGGCGCUCCAAGCUCCCUCGAAGUGUAUGAAAUUACCGAAGCGCCAUCUUCGAAGAGAUUCAAUGUCAUAUGUGUGUCUACAGCACCUCUAUCUGGUUGAUGGUUUCGUGGGCCCUGGAUGGCCGUGGAAAAUUUUGGGCGAUGGCCAGUUCUCAACCCAGUGCUGUACAAGGUAGCAGGUUCUGCAAAAGAAUUCUGGAUAUCGUUACUAGUUUAUUUCUUGUUUUCAACCUGUCAUUAGGACUGCUGUAUGUACUCAAUGGAACAUUAUCUCGAG